AUGGAGGCGAAGAAAGUGGAAAAGCUUCAGAGUCAGUUGCAUUUUCUUGAUGUUUCCAACAGUACUAAAAAUAAACAUACAUUUUUCGUUGACGAAGAAGACGAAAGGAGAAAUUUCGAUAUUGCUAAACAACUUGACACACAUCCAGCGUUACUGAGCAGAAAAAUUAAUCGACCUAGAAUAAAUAAUUUGAAAACGAUGAAACUACCGGAUAUUGAUGAAGGUACUUUUUUAAAAGCUGAACAACAAAAGCACAUGGCUUACAAAGAAUUAGAUAAGAGAAUUGAAAGAGAAAGACAACUCACGAUCGUUCAACAAAAGUUGGAGAUACGAAGGGCCCUAAAGGACAAAAAGGUUUUGCAACCUAAACAAGUUCGUCCUGGCACGAAAGAUACAGCUCCUAUUUUCAAAUGGAAAUUUGAAAGGAAACGAUAA